UUCAUCACUUUAAAGCCCAUUUUUGCCCAAUUUCAAUCACAUUUAACUGUUUAUUGUGCCAGUUUAGCCCCUUUAAACCAUUAUUUUCUGAUAUAAUUUUUCUGGCCUCUAUGGGCCCCCAAUUUGGCUGGGCCUCGUUUUUAAAUAUGGCUGUCCAAAAAACGACGAGGAGGCACUUAAAUUUUCAUGAUGAGUAAAGAGAAAUAGCAUGUAGGCUUACUUCAUCAUAGUCUUAAUCGUAGCCUUACACUGUGUAUUAUAUUAUGAUGAAAGGGGGAAUGCAGUGUUAUUUAAAAAGUUGUAAUUUUAAUGGAUUUGGAAAAAGGCGAAUUGUGAUAUCCACUAUAGUAAGUAUAGAUAAUGGAAAAUCAAUGUACGAUGUGAAAACAAGUGAUCAGAUUUUUGGUAUACAUACCAAUUGCAUUACAGUUUCGUAAUUGUAUUUAAAUAUAUGAUUAAUUUAUUUUUACAGUGUCUUGGCAAAGCAAACAGCCGUUUUUCCUUGCCAAUAAUGCACGCUGAAUUGAAGUAAAUGGAGAAAAGGAAUUUGAAUUGAAGAACAACGAUAAUACAAUUCAAAGAGUUUUCAGGUUUUACGAGUUUCUUCCAUCAAAAUAACUGCUCUGUUGUAUGUUUAGAGAAGAAACAGGUAGUUGAAGUAUCAAAUAAUUGUAGUUGAUAAUAAAUCACCAUUUAAAAACUAGUAAGUCGUAUCUAAAAACUAAAAAAACAGAGGUAUCCACACCAGAUCCCCCGCGCGAACCCGAGAUCAUGCAAUCACAGUGAAGCGAUUGAGUCAGCUCUCGCGAGAACCCAGCUAACGGAUGUCCGAUGCAUGUGAACAACAGUGCUUCCAUGCACUCAAGGGACUGAACCCAGGUCGGUUGUUGUCCCGCUUCGUCAGCGGUUGCCGCGGUACUCGUAAAUCAUAACUGCAGCUCGACCAGCCGAAUGUAUCCGCCCUCGCUAGUUUGAAGAAUGAAUCAUGGGACAUCGUUACUGUGGAAACGACGAGCUUUCUCAAGUUUGAGUGCAACGCGGCGUGGGCUCCCUCAGGAAAAAAUGUCCGAGAAUGGAGUGACAUCCCGGGCCAAGGUGUUGACCAUCGACACCAUGAACCCCACUGUGAAGAAGGUGGAGUACGCCGUGCGUGGACCCAUCGUGGCGCGGGCUGUUGAGCUGGAGAGGGAGCUCUCUGAGGGCAUGAAGAAGCCCUUUGCUGAAGUCAUCAAGGCCAACAUCGGUGAUGCACAUGCGAUGGGCCAGCAGCCAAUCACUUUCUUCAGACAGGUCUUGGCACUCUGCUCCUAUCCUGAACUACUAAAUGACAGCUCAUUCCCGGAGGAUGCUAAAAGUAGAGCUCGCCGCAUUCUGCAGUCCUGUGGAGGGAACAGUAUGGGUUCCUACAGUGCCAGUCAGGGCAUCGACUCUGUGCGUCAUGAUGUUGCCCGCUACAUUGAGCGAAGGGAUGGUGGCGUGCCCUGUGACCCAGACAACAUUUACCUCACUACAGGGGCCAGCGACGGCAUUGUGACCAUGCUUAAGCUGUUGGUGUGUGGCGAGGGAGCUAGCCGUGCAGGUGUUAUGAUCUCCAUACCUCAGUAUCCCCUUUACUCUGCUGCUCUGGCUGAACUGGGUGCCGUGCAGAUCAACUAUUACCUUAAUGAGGAGAAGUGCUGGAGUUUGGACAUCACUGAGCUGCAACGUGCCCUGGAUGAGGCCCGGCUACACUGCAACCCCCGAGCCCUGUGCAUCAUUAACCCAGGAAACCCAACUGGCCAGGUCCAGAACAGAGAGUGCAUUGAGGAUGUCAUUCGUUUUGCAGCAAAGGAACGUCUCUUCCUCAUGGCUGACGAGGUGUACCAGGAUAAUGUUUAUGCUGAUGGUUGCCAGUUCCACUCCUUUAAGAAGGUUCUGUUUGACAUGGGGCCGGAGUACUCAAAUACUGUAGAGCUGGCAUCUUUCCACUCCACCUCCAAAUGUUACAUGGGAGAGUGUGGCUUCCGUGGAGGCUACAUGGAGAUCAUCAACAUGGAUGACGAAGUGAAGGCCCAGCUGACCAAGCUGGUGUCUGUCCGUCUGUGUCCUCCUGUUCCUGGACAGGCUCUGAUGGACCUGGUGGUCAACCCUCCUCAGCCUGGGGAGCCUUCAUAUGCCAACUUCAUCAAGGAGCGCACAGCCACUUUAAGUGCCUUAGCAGAGAAGGCCAAGUUAACGGAGCAGGUUCUCAAUACAGUGCAUGGAAUCAGCUGCAAUCCCGUGCAGGGCGCCAUGUACUCCUUCCCCUGCAUAACCAUCCCUGAAAAGGCUGUUAAAGAGGCGAAGGAUAUUGGUCAGCAGCCUGAUAUGUUUUAUUGCAUGAAGAUGCUGGAGGAAACAGGGAUCUGCCUCGUGCCAGGAAGCGGCUUUGGCCAGAAGGAUGGGACCUACCACUUCAGAAUGACCAUUUUGCCACCGAUAGACAAGCUAAAGAUCCUGCUGAACAAAGUGAAGGAGUUCCACCAGAGAUUCACACAGCAGUACUCUUAAAUUCACGUAUUACCUCCUCCUCUCGCAAAGGGUGGAGCUUUUCAACGACAACCAAAAGGACUCAGCCAAUCUCAAUUCAUCUGUCGCUAAGAAGUGCCUUUCCUACAGAGGUUCUGGUGGUCUCUGUGACGACACACUUUAGCCUCUACAGCUGUCUCAUCUGGACAUUCAUAGACAGUAUUCAAGGCACUGUUUUGUGUCAGGAGACAAAACAAAACCCUGAGAUGAAGGAAGUAAAUCUUAUCUGUUUGGUAUGGAGUAUAUGAAGGCUUUGAAGGAUGUACAGUUUGUACUUUAGGUCCGUGUAUUUGUGAAUAUGAACAAUAGGUUGUUUGUGUGAAUACUAAGAUUUAAAAAAGACGGUUAAAUUGAAAAAGUGAUGCUGCUUAAAUUUUGAGUACAUGUACAACAGUUUAAAAUAUUCCAUUCCUGCGGGCAGUACUGGACAGGGAGAGUAUGCAGGACAGACAAUUGCAUGAUGAUUCAGAGGUGAUUUUGUAGAAUCAAAAUAAAUGUAACAGUGUAUGUUAAUGUCUCGUUAUUUUGGAACGAGCUGUCAGAUGGACUUAGAGUUAAUAUUAAGACUCAAAGGUCAGUCUCCUUUGACUGUGAUCAUUAAUGAAAAACUUAUGACUGUAAUACUUCGUCUUUAUACCACUUUUUUCUAUUUGAGGUAGAAUGUCAAACAUAUUAACAUUUUAUCUUAAAUCUUCAUACUUGUUUUCAUGAUGUUGCAAGUCAUUAAUCUUGUUUUUUUCUGAUUUUUUGUAGAUAAACAGAUAUUUAGUCCAUUUUUUAACCUCAAUUUUCAUUGUGAAGAGCAACAUAAACAUACAGUGGUUCAUCAUUUUUCAUCACUGUUCUCAUAAGAUGUUUACAGCCAAGGAAUAUUUGAUUAAAGAAAUGUAAAUCAUUAAAAAUUACA